AUUUUGCAUCAUGCCUCCUGGAGUAACCAGUUGUCAGUUUCUUGAAACUCCUAUCUCAAUUUCGUUCUCUGGAUCUGGAUUCAUGGCUACUUACCAGUUAGGAGUAGCUCAGUGCCUUUUAAACUAUGCACCCUGGAUUUUAAAAACUGCUCCCCGUGUCCUUGGUGCCUCUGCUGGAUCACUGGUAGCGGCUGCUGUUGUCUGUGAGAUAGAUUUUGUUUCCAUACGGGAUGAGAUGUUACACUUUGCCAAAAAAGUGAAGGAGUUCAGACUUGGGCCUCUGAGCCCAUCCAUAAAUGUGUUUCACUGGUUGGAGCAAGUACUACUGAAGCACAUACCAGAAAAGGCUCACAAACUGGCCUGUGGGCGCCUGGCUGUGGCUAUGACUAGACUGGAAGAUGGAAAACACCUCAUCAUGACUGAAUAUCACUCAAAAGAGGAUGUAGUACAGGCUCUGUUGUGUAGCUGUUAUGUCCCUGGUUAUUGUGGCAUGAUACCUCCCUCUUUCAAAGGCAUAUACUGUGUUGAUGGUGGCUUCACGGGGAUGCAGCCUGUCCUCUCUCAGUGUCCCACUCUGACUGUGUCUCCAUUCUCUGGGGACGUUGACAUCUGUCCUGCUGACGCCCCCUGUCUGUGGGAGAUGGUAGUGAGUGGGACGACACUGAAAGCUAAUGGUCCCAACUGUGGUCGUGUUAUCAAUGCCCUCUACCCAGUGACUUUAGAGUCACUGGAGGAAGCCUUCGACAAUGGCUAUAAAGACGCUAUUAAUUUCCUUUUGAAAAAUGAUCUUGCUCCAUGUUUAACUUUGCAUAAUGUAAAACCACUUCUGGAAAGCGCCAAAAGAGAUACAGAUGGUGAGAAGAAAGCCAGAAAAUACCCUGACCACCUUCACAGACCACAAGAACAUGAAAGUAAAAAUUUGGACUUUAUUCAAAAUGUCCUUCUGAGUAAUAUGAUGACUAAUGAGACCAUGGUGGGGGUAACUGGAAAAUUAUUCUUGUACCUGCUCCUGCCCCUGCUCUUCCUGAUCUUCACUGUCAUGCAGAGCUGGCAUAGAUUGCAGUUUUGGUUCAGGGAUUCUCCUCAGUGGAUAUUUUGGACUUGGGCAGGACUCAAACACUUCAUUGUCUUUUUUUACCGGGUCUGCAUCAGUACCAUAAGGAAAAAUAUUGACGACAGAAUUGACAGGUCCUUCAUAGUGGCAUUUCAGAGUAAAGAGCAGAAGAUUUUCAUUUACAUUUUAUUAUUGCUGAAAAAUAUCUACAGGACUUUUUGGGUGAAAAUCAUCAUGAUGAUGUUUAUGUGGUUCAAGUUUCAUGUUGAAGUUGAGGGACCCCCAAGAACGAGGAAACACUUUGGGCCUACUGUGAAAACCUGUCCACUCCAUGAAACUAAAAAUGAGCCCAAAUCUUUGAACCAGUUCACCAAGGAAAGCAAGAAACUAAAUUAAAGAUGAAUACGCUGCUACAUGCUCACCGCAGAGUCAUUGGAGUUGCCAUGUGCUUGUUUAUUCAUCAGCUGACUGAAGUGCACGCAGCAUCUGAGCAGUAAUGAGGUUUUCACAAAUCGUUUCCUCCAAACCUCCACUGAAUCAGUGGACACAUAAGAUAGUUGUCGUCGUGGUCCAGCUGGAGUUUCGCUUCAGGGCGUCCUUCUAAAGUGUUGCUAAUAUCCUUCAGAGGUAACAUCGAGUCCUGUGAUGGGCCACUUUAACACUAAACUCAUUCAGAGUAGCCAUGUCCUAGUGUGACACUUUUUGGAGGAAAUGCUGUGAGCUAAGGCCAGCAAGAAAUAACCAUAACAUUACCACAGUGACUGUCAUUCACGUUUUGUCAUGCUUGUCUGGAAUGUAAUUAUAUUGUUUUAAUGUGUUUUUAUUAUGCAACAUAGAUCGUAAAGUGUGCAUUAUGUUCUUCAGCUUUAUAUCAGCAGAUCAUGCAGGCUUACUGCACAAUCUUCAGUCUUUCUUUUUAGCAUCAUUCUACAACACAAAGUCAGAAUUAUUAAGUUUGUUUUGUUGUACAUUGUAUUGCAAUAAUGUUCAAACUUUAGUAUUUCAUUAGUAAAAGAUAUCAUAAUAAAAUAUCUUAAUAUUUAUAUAAAAUA